AUGUUCAUAUCGAGUGGGAGGUGUCGCGCUGAUCUGGCAGAGGUGCGCCUGUCUCCCGUGUGCCUGCCUCCUCCUGCAUGCCGUCUCACCUGCGUGCCGCCCCGCUCUGCAUCGGCAGCCGCGUGUGACCGUGCGUGCGCGCCCUGGCGCACCCUCGACCAGGUUCACUUACCGCCGUCCUCUGAGUCAGCUGGGCUUGCCUACCUGCCCUCUCCUCUCGGGCAUCUUCCACAGCACCCUCUCGGCUCCCCCUCGUGCCUCGUGACAGUUAGCCUGCCACCACACUCCUCCACCAACAGUGUAGUUAGUUCUCCCGUGCCUCCUUUCUUCCUUGGCCCCCGGUACCUCCCAGUUCCCUUGUCCCAGCCUCCUUGGUCCCACCUGCUCCUCGGCCCCCAGUGCUCCUCAGUCCCCCGUGCCCGUGUUCCCCCGGCAUCCACCUCUCCCUCACCUCCACUUCCUCAAACCCUUUUUCCCUCAAUAAAUCCUCUUUCACCUGAGGGUUGCUUUUGGGUCCUCUCUGUCCAACAUACACUACAAUAUAUCACUAACUAG